CCUUAUUACUGUACAUGUGCCUGCCUGGGCUGAUCCUUUAGAGUUGCUUCAGCCCAUUAAGAAACUCUCCACUCCUCUCUAUGUUAGUUUGGGAUCUGUCCCAGAACCUGCAGCAACAUUCCUGCCCUCCUCUGUACAGCGAUUUCCAUCUUCUGUUAACCCUGAAUGCUUUGCUUUAACCCUGUAACAUGGAAGAAGCUGAGCUGCUGAAGGAGAGACUCCAGGCUAUAACUGAUAAAAGAAAAAUACAAGAAGAUAUUGCCCAGAGGAGGAUAAAAAUUGAGGAAGAGAAAUUAAAACUACACCAUUUAAAGAAAAAGGCUCUUCGGGAAAAAUGGCUCUUAGAUGGAUUAAGUACCCUAUCACCAGAGGAACAAGAAGACAUUGUCCGACAGAAUCAAGAAGAUCAGCAACAAAUCAAACACCUAGAGAGCAGCACUUAUAGACUUGAGCAAGAGAUUGAUGAUCUGGAAAAAGAAGAAAUUCAGAUAUCUACCAGGGAAGUGUGUCUGCUUCAGAGGCUGAAGUCUGUUGAAAGAACUACAGAGGAUAUCAUAAAGGCGGUGAAAGCAGAAGUCCGUGAAGAGCCAGUACAUGAUAUUUAUGCUGGAAUACCUGACCUCCCAUUAUCUUAUAAACCAUCCUUUGUAAAGCGAAUGGAAAGUGAAACACAAGAGGAUGGUGAAGAGCCCAGAAAAGCAUUGUUUGCCAUGGAAAUAAAAGUUGAAAAAGACAUGAAGUCUGGAAAGAGCACAGUGUUAUCCACCAUACCAGUUCCCUCAAGUGAGUUUGAAGAUUCCGGUGUGAAAGUUUAUGAUGAUGGCCGCAAGUCUAUAUAUGCAUUGAAGUCUGAGGGAAGAGGAAUACAGAACGGAGUUGACACACUUGCUCCAGUUGAAGUAGAGGACCUCUUAAAGAAAGCAACUGAAAAACGUUCCGAGUCUCCUACUGAAUAUCAUGAACCUGUUUUUUCUAAUGCAUAUGGCUCUUCUACACAAAAGGGCUAUAUUUCUCCAAGAAUGAAUGGCCACACUUCACCUCAUUCUGAAAUCGGUGUUACUCAAAAUGGCAUUGUAACUAAGGAAGCACAAUCCUAUCCUACUGUGCCUAGAGAAGUCUCCCGGAUUAAAGGACCAUUCCCUGAGAAGUCAAACAUUUCUCACAACCAAUCAAGUAUAGAAACACAAGCAGAUCAAACAAUGUCAGAGCAUACUGAUCAGCCAGAUCAAUCAAUGUCAGAGCAUACUAAUCAGCCAGAUCAAACAAUGUCAGAGCAUACUAAUCAGCCAGAUCAAACAAUGUCAGAGCAUACUAAUCAGCCAGAUCAAACAAUGUCAGAGCAUACCAAUCGGCCAGAUCAAACAAUGUCAGAGCAUACCAAUCACCAGCUAACCCCACAAAGGAACCACCAUGAGGAAAUGCCCAACAGUUUGGGAGGUUACAACACUGGUUUCCCAUCCCUAAAUUUGGAGGACGAUAUGCACUACAAUGUUGUUCAGGCCACUCCUUGCUAUGCUGAUGACUCUGAACCAGUUACAAUGAUUUUUAUGGGAUAUAAGCAUGCAGAUGAUGAUGAUGUCAAACCAAUUUCGGAUUAUGAAGGGGUUAUCCAUGCUGAACUAGUUGUAAUUGAUGACGACGAUGAAGAUGAUAAAAGGGGAGAAGAAAAGACCAAGAAAAUUGUCUCUGUUUCUCCUGUCAUUCGAAACCCAUUUAUUACACCUUCUAAAGCACAAGAGUCUAUAAAAAAACCAACAAAUCAAAACAUAACUUUCAAUAACCAGUUACCAUACAAGAACUCCAUGUCCUUACAAGAACAAGAUGCUAGCUUAGGCUAUAAUAACGUUCCCAUUCCAACCAAACAUAUAGUAGAUGAUGGUACAGAAGAUCCCUCACUCACAGCAUUAAGAAUCCGCAUGGCCAAGCUGGGAAAGAAAGUCAUAUGAGACCAGUAUUUGUAUGCAGAGUUUAUUUUGAAAUAGCGGAAGAAAGAUUGCGAGGAACUCUACAAGUCUUUACACAUGUACUUCUGUGUAUUUUUUGUUUUGGUGACAAACAUGCUAUGCAAGUAAAUGUGGCCUUUGUACAUGAUACCAUCACAAAACACAGUCAGACGCUGCCUCUCUGUACAAAUGAAUACAAAACCACCAUGCAUUCCCCUAGUACUUUUAGAACUACAACUGCCUCCCUCCUCAUAGUUUGACAACAGCUGUAAGGCCACAGCUUUCAUUUCCAUAUUCAGAAUAGAUAUGGCAACCAUUGGCCCUACAGAUGCCACAGAACUCUAAUGCUGCCAACCCACAGUACACUAAGGCUAUUUCAGAGUAAGAUCUGCAAGGUCUGCAAGGUGCCCAGCCCAGAUUUACAAUGUAAAUAAACGUUCAAUCUUUAACAUAAAAAGCUGUGGUUUUGGGAUUUUUUCAGUUCAAGUCCGACUUAGAUGUCCAGGCAUUGGUCACAUCUCUCCUUAGCUAAAUGCCUAUAUUACUCUUUACCCAUAUAAGUGACAUUUUUUUCUAAAAUUAAAUAUUUAAAUAGCUGUUGUCAUAUAAUUUGAUAGCAAACUAAGACUGAGUAAGCAGGUGUUGUUCUUUGCAAUUUUCCGUGGCCUUUGCUUCAUAUGGUGACCUAUUAAUGUUGGAAGAGCUCAGUGACUGUAUCAUGUGCUACCUGUGAGUUGUGCUCUUCCCUUGUAUUGUUACUGCCACAAGAUUUUAAGGAGUUCUGUAUAACUUUAUUCUAAAUUAGCUCAACCCAUAAGGUUUAUGUUAAUUAUGGGCUCCAGCUAUUGUUUUAAUUGAAAUAAAAAUAUAUAGUUGUUGGUUA